CGGGUAGUGUUCCUUGGUUACCGUUGCUAGGGCCGGCCUUGCGCUCGCUCGCUUGUUUCUUGACCACGAAGAACUUGAUUCGCGGAGAUGGUGAAGCAGACGAUCCAGAUUUAUGGCCGAGUGAAACCUUUGGGCAAGAGGCAGACCCCCGGGAUAUAUUCAAUUGAUGAAAUUGAGACAUCAGCAUUUGGUCUGGAGAUUAUUGUACCACGUGAUUUGUCGGAUGGAUUUGUCAAUAACAAACGAGAAAGCUAUAAAUUUAAAUUUCAGAAAGUAUUUGAUCAGGAAUCAAAACAAGAUGACAUUUUUGAAACUAUUGCCAAGCCAGUUGCAGAAUGUGCUCUGUCUGGCUAUAAUGGAACUAUAUUUGCCUAUGGACAAACUGGCAGUGGCAAGACUUUUACAAUCACUGGGGGAGCAGAACGUUACAGUGAUCGGGGGAUAAUUCCACGGACCCUGUCCUACGUAUUUCAGAGGUUACAAAAGGAUAGCAGUAAGGUAUAUACCACACAUAUUUCUUACUUAGAAAUUUACAAUGAGUGUGGCUAUGAUCUGCUAGAUCCACGGCACGAAGCCUCCAAACUGGAAGACUUACCAAAGGUGACAAUAAUGGAGGAUCCUGAUCAGAACAUUCACCUGAAACAUCUCUCUCUGCAGCAAGCAACCAAUGAAGAAGAAGCUCUGAAUCUGCUUUUCUUAGGUGACACAAAUAGGAUGAUUGCAGAGACUCCAAUGAAUCAAGCCUCCACACGUUCACAUUGCAUUUUCACCAUUCAUAUCUCAAGCAAAGAACCAGGAUCAGCAACCAUGCGGCGUUCCAAACUACACUUAGUGGACCUGGCUGGUUCAGAGCGUGUUGGGAAGACUGGAGUUGGAGGCCAGCAACUGACAGAGGCCAAAUACAUCAAUCUGUCUCUACAUUAUUUGGAACAGGUAAUCAUUGCUCUGUCAGAAAAAAACAGAUCUCACAUCCCUUACAGAAACUCCAUGAUGACUUCAGUACUAAGAGACAGCCUGGGAGGGAACUGCAUGACAACAAUGAUUGCAACACUCUCUGUAGAAAAAAGAAACAUAGAUGAAUCUAUAUCAACUUGUAGAUUUGCUCAGCGAGUUGCUGUUAUUAAGAAUGAAGCUAUUCUAAAUGAAGAAAUUGAUCCUGGAUUGAUGAUUAUGCGUCUGAAGAAGGAAAUCCAGGAAUUAAAAAAUGAAUUGGCCAUGGUGACUGGUGAACAAAGACUCGAAGAACUCUCAAAAGAAGAGCUGCUAGAAUUAGAUGAGCAAGUUAAAGAAUUUCUGGAAGAUAUUGAUCCUGAAAGCAUUUUGGAAAUUGGGGCUGAUAUGCGGAAGAUCAAAUACUGUUUCAGCCAUUUAAAGAGACUGGUAAAUGAUGCAAAACGUCCUGGCAAUCAAUUACUUGGACCAGAUGUUCAGGAAGAUAAAAGUGCUAAUACUGUAAUUGGCAAUGAAGAGUUAAAGAAACUGAAGGAUCUAUUGCAGCAACGAGAUAAUGAAAUUACUAUUUUAGUAAAUAUGUUAAAGAAAGAAAAAAGGAAAACACAAGAUGCCCUUCAUCUCAGUGCUUCAUCCAAGGAAAUUUCAGCUACAGAAAGUUCCUUUGAUUUGAAAAACAUGGAGACUGAGCAGAUGUUGCCUGUCAGUUUGGAAACAGAAUCUAAUUCUCACUCAAAAAGCCGAGGAGUGGGAAAAGAAAUGUCACUUGGACGCCAAGAAGCCUUUGAAAUUUUCAAACGAGAUUAUGUAGAUAGCAUAACUAUUGAAGACAAUAAACAACUCCUUAAACAAAGGUUUGCGGAAGCAAAAUCUUUGGGACAAAAAGUAAACGAUGUAAGAAAUCAAAUCAAUCAUCUGAAAGAAGAGAUAAUCCAGAGGCAUAUGCAAAAGGCAGCACAAGCUCUAAUCAGUCCUCGAGAAAUGAAUCAACCUGAUCCAGUAGAAGAGGCACUUCGAACACAAAUUGAACAGAAGAAAAUAAGUUAUAAAACAAUGUUUACUCACUUGAAAGGGCUGAAGAUAGAGAUUGAACACUUGCAGCUCCUCAUGGAAAAAGCAAAACUGAAGUUGCAAAAAGAUUUUGAAGCUUGGUGGUCUGAGGAAACAAAAAGCUUGCAGAGCCAAGAAGAAAAGGCACUUUUGCAGAAUUCAGCCACUGUUCUAAAGACUCCUCCCUUGUUUUUUGAAAAUCAGCUACAUCCAGGUACUAUCAGAUAUAUGGUUGCAGAAUGGAAUGUUCACACAAUGGUUCCAAAUAACAGCAGAGCCAGCUCCAAUGAAGAGUCAACUGUGAAGAGCAGCGUGAGCAGACUCAGCAACUCAGAUUCAAAAAUGAGGAUUUCACCAGAUCCAAGUUCUACCAUCCCCUUCACAGGAGAUCGUCAAACUGAUGCUGAUAUUAUAGCUUUCAUUAGAGCUAGAAAGAACCUCUUACAUAAAAAAGGAUUGGGAGACAAGUAAACUCUGAUUUAUGCAGCAAGGCCUCAUUUUAAAAUUAGACAAAGUAACUGUAACAUUAGGACAAAUGGAAUUGCAGCUGUAUUUAUGAGGGAGGGAGAGUAGGAGAAAGAGAAAAUGACUUUCUGCAAAGAGUAGCACUCAACCUGUGUCUGCAUUAUUUUCAUAAUAUCAAAAAAGUGAAACAAGCUCUAACUUGGAACAUCAAGAACAGAAAAGCCAAAAGCCUUGUGAUAGGAACCAUAAAUGCACUUUAUUGGAGUUUUAUUGGUUUUCAAAUGUCAUCGCUUCCAAGCCUUAUUUCUUCAUCUAACACAGAAGGACUCCCUUAGACUUUUAUGAGAUAAUUUUGGACUGGAAUGCUUUAUUAGACUUGGAGGUCGGGAAGGAUUCAGAUUGUAUGUGAUGAGUCUCACUGACAACUGCAGGUAUAGCAAUACCUUUUUUCCUUACUGUAAUUUAGUACAGCACAACAAUUUAGUAUUGUUAACUAAGCUAGCAUUUUUUAAAUAACAUACUUGGGGAUCAUGUACUGAAUUAUGUUUCCAAAUGUCCCUCCCCCUCCCCAAGAUUUCUAUAAUUGCCUUUCAGGUGUGGAAUCCUGCAUCUUUAUGGACCGACUUUUCUUCUAUGCAGAGUUAUUGUCCAAGAAUAUUGUGCUCAAAAGUUUGCUUCUGUGUGUCAUUUGAGUAACAAUUAUUCCCUUUCAUUAAAUAUAAAAACUACUAGAACAUUCUAUUGCCUAAUACAAGUCAUAAUUAAAGCAAGAGAAAAAUACAUUGAUAUCCCUUUUUUCCCUCUUGAAUCUAUAGCCUAAAACCACUAGGAAAGAUACUUUAUUAAAGUGCUUUUAGUAUUUGUAAUAGCUGGCCUUUGGGUAUGCUGGAUGUAUAGAACAUCUUCAUUUAAUAAGAGUAAAGCAAAAUAAUGACUUAGUCACUUAGAGAUACAGAUCUUAUUUGCUUAAUCAUGAAAUGUGAUCUUUCACCAUGGGUUAUACUAUGGUUAAAGGUGGAUGCCUUGAAUGUAAUUUUAAACCAUGGUUCCUAGUAAUAGGGUUAAAAUGAUUCCAUUUGUCAUCUAAAGGUGAUUGGGACUAGUCUGUCUUAUCUUCUUUUUUGUCCUCUGAAUGUAAAACCAAUGAAAGAAAUUGCCACAAAUGGGGCCACUCCUCCACUGUUCCCAACUCCAUUUUCACUCCCAAUGUACCUUCAGGGGAGAGCCCAUGAAAUGGUUACCAUAAGAUGGAGAUUGAGCAUUAGGCUGUUUUACCUUUCUCUGAACUCAUUAUAAAUUACUGUGUCUUCCUUCAAAUGCAAUGACCAGAACUAGACCAAUAAAGCAGAAUUAUUAUUUUCCGUAACCAGGAAACUAUAGCUCGAUUAAUAGCUCUCCACUGCAUUAGCCUUUUCUGCUACUGAUCAUAUAACAGAUGUUUAAAUAAUUCCUCUUAGGAAAAUUUAGGAUUCAAUUAGGCUGAAUGUGCACAACUAGUCUUCAGAACAGUGACCUUCUGCCUCAGAAUUGUAGUCAGACAAUAUCUUUAGAGGCAGUCAAUCAGUGCAGAGGCCACAGACAGGAAAAAGAGGAAGAGAUAAAUCAUACCAAGUUUCCUACAAAAUCAAGUAAUGGGCAUUUAAAUUUCAUUCUAAUUUACCUACUAUUUUUUUCUCCCCAUUCAUGACAAACAUUUGAACCCUGUUCUCCAAAGGCACAGAAUUUAUUUAUGUAUUUGAUAAAUACAUAAAUACAUAUUUAUGUAUUCCACCAGUAUACUUAAUCUGAGUACACAAUUGAUUAAUGAUCAAGAAAAAGUAGGCCAGGACUGUACAAAGCAUUUGAAAAGUGUGAAUUUGCCAAGUGCGUUGGUAUGCAUAACCGAGGAAGGCCCAAGAAGUAAUCGUGCCAAGGCUUCCAGAAGAUGCAGGUGCUUCCCAUUUGGAAGUGAGAUGCUUUGCUUACACUUUGCAAAGAACUUCCUUUGAAUGUUUUGCACAGCCUUAUCUAAACACAAACAAACAAAUAAAAUUCAAACCUAUACGUUAACACCACUGUAAUCAUUCAUUCAUUAAUAAAAGCCUAGUGAAAGAGAUGUGUCCUAGUUAUUCUUCCAAAUAAAGAGAGAAGGAGCCAAACACAUAAGAGUAUAUGCCACAGUCUGGAAGCGGGGCUGAUGAUCCUCCCCUACAUCCCAGAAAGAUAGCCUUGAAUGAAUGGGACAUCUUCAGAAAGGCAUCUACUGCAACCUGGCAUGCCCAAGCAGGUUUAUAAACAUACAAGUUGGUUUUUGAUAGUCUUAAACCAUUUAUAGUUCUAAAGAUCAGUAAUACUAUUUUAAAUUGUGCCUAUUAGGCAAUUGGCCAUGCAGAUCCUUCAAUAUGGCAUCAUAUAAUCCUUAUAGUUGGCAUCAGUUUCAUUUUCAGAUCUGUUUCAAUGUAGUUCCAUUCAGAGUAGAUUGCAGCAGUCCACACAAAAUGUAAUCUAGGCAUGGAUAAUUAUCGCUACAUCUGAGCUGAAAUAGUUGCAACUGACAUACUACCUCUAAUUGUACAAAAGUGGUCCUUGCUAUAAAAAUCCAAAAACAGCUGAGAAUUGAUGAGAAGCUAAUCUGGUUCAUCCAGAUGAUGGACCUUUAACUCCAUCCAAACCAGGCUGAAUCUCCAGUUUCCUAUUAACUAACAGGAAACUUCCACUUUUCCUGAAUUCAGUUUCAGCUUGUUCUCUUUCAUCCCACCCAUUAAUGGAGGAGGAGGAGGCAUAUGAAACAGUUUCAGAUUUCUCCUUACAUUUUCCAGGACAUAUAAAUAUUCUGUAGUUUCACGCACUCCUAAGCGAUGUUUACGGGACAGUACAUUUACUUAGAAGAAAAUGCCAUAGUUUAAAAAGGAUAACUGCUAAAUGUGUAAGGAUCUUUAAUCAUGGAGCAGAGACAUAUGUUGACUUAGUAAUGUCCCACAAUGUUUAAUUGAGCCUACACCCUGGCAACAUGCAUAGGAUUGCAUUUUUCAAUGUACAUAUAGAAAUGACUUCAAUUAUUCCCCUACUCCUUGGAAAAACCAUUCGGUGCUUACAGAGCAGAAGCUGUGAUUUUAAGCACAGGUUUAUAUUUGUGUUUCAGUCAGUUUAAUUGCCAGUGGAAAAGUUUUCCUAGUAAAUAAUCUCUCAUGCAUGCUGAAUACUAACCAGCAUCUAUGAUAUCUAACCAAUGGCUGUUUAAACUUGUCAAUAUAGUAAACACUAUUUAUCGUUUUCAGCCAGAGCAAAUUGCUGCUUUGUUUGCAGAGAAACCCGGGGUGAAAAGAGUGCUGAGAUGAGCAAGGAUUAUAAAGGUCAUACUCACCUUUCCCUUCUGAGAUUCUUAUCGGCAAGGGGAGCAAAAGGAAAGCAAAAAGUGAAUGCAUGUGACUGUAAUUUCAAACUAAUACAUUGAAAUCAUUAAUAAAGAUCUGAAUUACUCUAGUUUAUAAGCAUAUAUAUUGUGUUGACCAAAGCAGGGAGUUCUUGAGGCAUUUGGUGAUUUUCUUUAAUGUCAUUAAAUAUCAAAGAGCUAUGUUUACUUGUUUGUUUCUAUUUCAAAAUAUGCCUUUGCUAAAUCAUAAACGGAGGCUAUAUUUCUAGCAGAACUAUUUUUUUUUUAAAAAAAGAAAAACAUCUCCCUUUGGUUCUGUGCAAAGAAUUUAAAAAGAAUUGGUGAACCAUGCAGGUUUUGUUCCCCAAACUUCCAUUGUUGCCAUUGUUCUUAUCUUUAUGUAAUAUUGAUAUUAUCCUCAUCAUUAUAGUUAUAUUAAUGUUAAUAUUAUUAUAGAAUGUUCUUAAUUUUUCAAGUUUUGUAGAAAUAUUAAUUUUACAAAUCAAUUAUAUUUGAAAUUAUUUAUAUAUUGGGAAGAAUCUCAAAUUACAAAAUUAGAAAGAUAUGAAUUUGUUUUAUGAAUUAUACUUUUGAUAUCUUAGCCAAAUACUCUUCUGCAACUGGAUCUGCCAAAAUGUGCCUUGUGGAGUACGUUACAGUAUAUUUAUUCCUUGUCACAAUUUUAUAGCAUUUAAUACUGUUUUCUUUCCUGAGAUAAUUACCUGAUUACCUUAUGUUCUUCCCAAAUUCCCAUCUUAGACUGUGACAUAAUUAAUUUUAUCUCUUAAAAAUAUUUAACUUUACGUUUUAAAAUCAGCAUUAUGAUUCCAUCUCCUGUGUUCAAAUAAAAAAUUUAAAAAUAGUUCAAA